AGCCGCUAGUUCAGGCAAGGAUAGAGAGCGUCCUCGGCUGAACCCCACAUGCAAAGCUACAAAUAGGAGCUGCGGCGUUCAAACGGAGCACAAACGAACCGGGAUAGGUUUCGGCACGUAGAUGACAUUCUCUAGCACUUUACACCAGAUGACACAUUUAACAUCUUAAAGUCUGUAAUCCACUGAAAAUAGCUGCUUUCACUUGGACGCGAUUUUCCUUUGGUCAGCACUCAUGAGAUCAUUUUAAAGGUGGAGCUGUUAAACAAACGAAGCUGAAGCUGACCUAAAUUAAAAAAGGAAACUUGUGUGACUUGACACUUUUGUUCUCAGAAUGUUUGAAGAGGGAUCUCAAGAAAUGAGAGAGCAGAGUGCGGGGGUGCUGCCGGCUGUGGAGGCUGUGAGCACGGGAAUGCUAGGGUUAGAUGUGGCGACCAACAGCAACACAAUGUCUUUCACAGAAGAGGCUGUCUCCAUCCUGUCGUCAAGCAGUCUGCUGGCUCGCUCGCUGUUAGGCCGAACAUCAGCAUUGAAACGCAAAGAGGUGAGCCCGAGUGGAGGCACACUAAGGCGCAAGCGUGAGUUCAUCCCCCAGGAGAAGAAGGAUGAAGGGUACUGGGACAAGCGCAAGAAAAACAAUGAAGCAGCCAAGCGCUCGCGGGAGAAGCGUCGGGUCAAUGACAUGGUGCUAGAGAACCGUGUACUUGGGCUGCUUGAGGAGAACGCAAGGCUCAGGGCAGAACUACUAGCACUCAAAUAUCGCUUUGGUUUGGUCAAAGAACCCUCAAAUGCAGCCAUUCUUCCACUAACCACCACAGCCCCAUGUGUUUCACAACCUGCCAACUCACAUUAUUACCUAGUCCGUGAAGAUGGGCUUCACCCCAGUACUUCUAUGGUGCCCCAUCCAAAUUCCACUCAGGCUGUAUUCCACAUUGGACGUGGUAUCAGGGAGAAUGGCAACAUGUCAGAGGACUCAGGCUUCUCAACUCCUGGAGGUUCCAGUGUUGGAAGUCCUGUGUUUUUUGAGGACCGGCUGAGUGAUCAUGGCAAACUGUCUCCAAACAGAUCUGAUGAGUUGGGCUGCGAAUAUCACCACUCUCCUGUCCCUGAUAUUGUUGUGGCACAGGUCCCAAUAGGGCACACAUCCAUAGCGCAUGGAAGUGUGGACUCAGUCGAAGGUAUGAAGAGUCUCCCACAUAAAUUACGCUUCAAGUGUCCAGGCAGCAGUGAAAGCGAGAACCAAAGUGAAAGACGCAGUCCUCUGGAGCAUACAGGAGGACGGGAAAACCCCAGAAAUCAUUUCGCGUUUGGCAUGAAUGAAGGGGCUCGACUCUGGUCACAGCAUGAAGGAGAUGAAUCUCGAAAAAUGCUCCCUCAUCAUCACGGGGGCCCGAUUGGUGGUAGCAGCAGUGGUCAGCCACAUGGGAACCACAGUGAGGCAUAUUACAACGCUGAGAACAGCAUGCUCAAAUCUCAACUUAGUUCCCUUGGCGAAGAAGUGGCACAGCUCAAGAAGCUCUUCUCUGAGCAACUCUCCAAAAUGAACUAAAGAUCUUAAAUUCUACAACUAAUUGAAUACAGGGAGCUUGGUCUUUCUAAGCCAGACCCAGCCAUAAACAAUAAAUCAUAAGGUUUUUAUUCAGACCAGUGUUGAAACUAAAUUUUAGGUCACUGUCAUGACUAGUAGUAGCCAGUAGACUCCUAUACUGUCCUUCAGUUCCUUUAACUAGCUUUGUAACAGGAAGAGCAAAUAAAAGAAGGUUGUGUGCUAUGGAUAUACAGUAUGUAUGUCACUAUACUGUAUGUGCUGCAACUCCUUAAACCAAGGAGAAAUAAUUACCAGCAGGUUCUUAAGGCUUAAGGCACUUCAGUCACUCUACACAAACAUACAUUACUGCUAGACUCCAGUGGGUCACCAAACCAAAGUGUAUCAUUGUUUUAACACAACAUUCCCAUAUAAAUUGUCAGCUCUGCUGUUAUAUGUCACAUUUAUGGAUUUGAAAAUGAAUAGGAAAUGAGUUUGGUGCUGACUGUGAUUACAGGUAAAAUAUUCCAUUAUAGUUUCUUAUAGUUUAACUUCAUUAUAUGUAUGUCAUGCAGAUUUGAAAAGGGAAGACAUAAAUGUUUUUGCUCAGUAUGCAAAUACUAAUGACCACUCCAAGCUUUUACUGAAUGGAGAAUAUAAUUAGGAAACAAAACACAAUAAGUCUGGAGUAUUUUAUUGACAUUUUUAAUAAUAAUAAUAAUAAUAAUAAUAAUAAUAAUAAUAAUAAUAAUCAUCAUCAUAAUAAUAAUCAUCAUAAUCAUAAUCAGGCGGUCACGGUGGCUUAGUGGUUAGCACGUUCGCCUCACACCUCCAGGAUCGGGGUUCGAUUCCCGCCUCCACCUUGUGUGUGUGGAGUUUGCAUGUUCUCCCCGUGCCUCGGGGGUUUCCUCCGGGUACUCCGGUUUCCUCCCCCGGUCCAAAGACAUGCAUGGUAGGUUGAUUGGCGUCUCUGGAAAAUUGUCCCUAGUGUGUGAUUGCGUGAGUGAAUGAGAGUGUGUGUGUGUGCCCUGCGAUGGGUUGGCACUCCGUCCAGGGUGUAUCCUGCCUUGAUGCCCAAUGACGCCUGAGAUAGGCACAGGCUCCCAGUGACCCGAGGUAGUUCGGAUAAGCGGUAGAAGAUGAAUGAAUGAAUGAAUAAUCAUAAUCAUAAAAUUAUUUUGUAUAAUACCUUAAACUCAUAAAAUAUUAUGUAUCAUGAUAAAAUGCUGAACGCAUAAUAUCAUAGUAUUGUAGCCCAACACAUCACAUAAAUGCCUUUCCCCUUUAUACUGCUUGUUACUGCCAUUUGAGGUCAGGAUUGUGUGUAACUAGUAACUAAAACACUGUAAAAUGUGUAUCAUGGUGGUAAAAACCUGUGUUGCCUUGUGUAUUUAUGUGUGUGUUUUCAGUGUUUUUAUAUGUGAAUAAAUAUUUGCCAACA